AUGGAUCUGAAUCAUAUUGCAGUUGACAAUUGUGACGAGGAUUUUCACAAUGAGAAGUUCAGUCCACGUCCAGACUUCCCGCUUGGUGGAGUUGUGCUGGACGUGGCAGAGAGAGACCUGGCUCGUAUUGUCACCCGGGUGGUGGACCACAUGAUCGCCAGCGACCAGAUCCCCGCCGACCAGCGAGACCAUGUUAUCACAAUCCUCUUGGAAAAAUACGCAUCGAUCUUUGCAACGAACCGCCCUAGCAACAGUGCUAAUGAAUCUAAUGGCGUGUCCAGCAGUACUGUUCACAGGGAUACCAUGAGGGAGUCUACUACCUAUAUCCACCACGACUGCUUCACUGAGCUUAACAGAGCUGUUGGAGAGAUGACAGCGGUUAUGGCUGGUGGCGUGAGCUUCCUUCAGAGCCCCAUCCUCGCCUUCGUCAGGCUGUCUGAAGAAGUUGUGUUGGGAAAUCGUAUAAAGGAUUCCAUGCCUGUGAGGUUCAUAUUUGUCCUCCUUGGUCCAUUCCACGAUGAGAAGGAUUACCAUAAAAUUAGUUGUUCCAUCACCACCCUCAUGGAAAGGAAUGAGUUUCUCGAGGCUGCGUACACGGCACAUAGUCUGAAUGAACUGUUAUGUGCUGCUGAUGAUGUCUUGCCUCCUGCCACUUCGACUGCCGACGGAAAUAACGAGACCAAUACUAUAAAGAGUAAUCAGUUUGAACUAGAAGCGACGACUGAAGACCAACCUCCUAGACGAAAUCCUCUGUUGCGUGUGGGGAAGCCUUUCUACGGCCUGUACCGGGACAUAAGGGACCGCUACCCCAAGUAUCCCUCCGACAUUAUAGAUGGUUUGAAUGGACAAGUUCUCGCUGCAACGCUAUUUAUUUUCUUUGCUGUUCUGUCGCCUGCCAUUACCUUUGGUGGCAUGUACAGUGACAAAGUAGAUAACUUAAUUGGAGUUGGGGAAUCUCUCCUUCUAUCUUGCGUGAAUGGUGUUAUCUUCGCAGUAUUCGCCGCCCAGCCUUUGCUAAUUAUCGGUCCAACGGGUCCUCUUAUGGUCUUUGACAUUAGCCUGUAUAAUUUCGCCCAAGCGAAUGGACUAGAUUUCCUGUCUAUUAGAGUGUGGAUCGGCUUGUGGAUGGUGGUCAUUGGGUUGACAGUAGCCGCAUUCGAAGGUAUAGUUAUCGUGAAGAAGAUAACAAGGUUCACAGAAGAGAUCUUCGCGUCGAUGAUCUGUCUCAUCUUCCUCUACGAGGCCGUUGUUAAGAUGGUGGGCAUUUUCUACGACCAUCCACUCUUGCAGGAGUACGACUGUGAAAAUUACUUCCAUCAAACUACGUAAGCUUUUAUAAAUUUGUUCAUAAAAAGAAUUAUUGCAUAUUUAACUGUAGAUCUGAUUUUUAGUAACUAAUUACGUGAAGAAUUUAACAAGUUUAAUUUUAGCAUUAAAGUAGUCUCCCCUCAGCCCAACACCGCUCUCCUCUCUCUCAUCCUCAUGCUGGGAACCUUCACUAUCGCCAUUAAGUUGAAGAACUUUCGUAACUCAAAGUUCUUAGGAAGAGGUGUACGCAGAGCUCUGGGAGAUUUUGGUAUGCCUAUCGCAAUUUUCCUCAUGGUGCUGUUGGACUUCCUCAUUCAAGACACAUUCACCGACAAGCUGACAAUGCCUGAAGGCAUACAGCCCUCCAACCCUGACAUCCGCGGCUGGAUGAUUAACCCGCUUGGGCAGGUGAAGCCGCUACCAGUGUGGUGCAUGUUCGCUGCGGCGCCCGCCGCCAUCCUCGUCUUCUUCCUGGUCUUCCUCGAAGGAAGCAUCUGCCAUCUGAUAUUGAGUAAACCAGAGCGCAAGAUGGUGAAAGGAACAGGCUUCCACUUAGACCUUGUACUGUCGUGCUUCAUCAACCUGAUGUCUGGCCUCCUGGGGGCUCCCUUCAUGUGCCCGGCGUGUAUCAGGACUGUGGCUCACGCCGCCGCCCUCACCGUCACCAGCCCUGCUCGCUCUCCUGGACAACCGCUCCAGGUGGAAGGUGUCAAAGAGCAGCGACUUAGUGGUCUCGUGGUGUCCAUUUUGGUUGGGGUUGCUGUCCUGCUCUCAGACGCUCUGAACUUGGUACCAAAGGCAGUGUUGCUUGGUAUCUUCCUCUACAUGGGUACUGCCUCCACUGCUGGCAUCCAGUUCCUGGAGCGACUGGUUCUCAUGUUUAUGCCAGUCAAGUACCACCCUGAUGCACCCUAUGUUAAGAAGGUUCGCACAAUGAAGAUGCAUAUAUUCACGGCAGUGCAGCUGAUAAUGCUUGGUAUCUUAUUGGGUGUGAAGGAGUCACCAGCCAGCCUUGCUCUGCCCUUCGUCCUCAGCCUGCUCGUCCCUCUCAGACUCUAUUUUCUACCCACCAUUUUCUCUAAAUCUGAACUCUGUGCUCUGGAUGGAUCAGGAGCCAUGAAAACCAGCGAUAAUGAUGAACCAGACUUCUUCGAGGCUCCACACGCGCUCCCUGUCCAGGCUGACCAAGAGCAAGAGAAAGCUUGA